AUGGCGCGACUCUCGCAUUGGAUCGCGGCGGCGGUGGCCGUUGGAACGGCAGUCGCUGAAGGCGAGUCGAUUCUCACGGCGGAGAUUGGACGUCAGAACAACCAGAGCCUUUUCUGGGGACCAUACAAGCCCAAUCUGUACUUUGGUGUUCGGCCGAGAACACCCGAGGGUCUGUGGACAGGCUUGAUGUGGUCCAAGGUCGACAACUACGGCGAGGUACAGGAAGGCUUCCGAUACACCUGCGAGCAAGGUGAACAUGCCCACGGCUACGGCUGGGACGAGUUCGACGCCCGCCGCGGCGGCAUUCAAACGAUCCACGACAAGGGUAACUCAAUCGACAUCACGACAUCGUUUGUAAAGGUUCCCGGCGGCGAUCAUGGAGGCAGCUGGGCUGCGCGCAUCAAGGGCGUGCCUCGGGAGGGUGCACCCAAGGAUAUCAACACUAUGCUCUACUACUAUAUCGCUCAGGACGGCGAAGACGAACUCGCCGUCGAGACGGAGAGCGCCGAGUUUGGAUACACAGGUGACGUUUCCCUCAAGGGAAGCUCCAAGUCGCUGGGUGAUUAUACUGUGGUUAUCACCAAGGGCAAGGGCAAGCACCCCACGACGGAUCAUGACCUAGCCAAGAGACGCAAGACAGACACUACUCUGGUGCACAGCCUGCAGCUCUCCGAAUAUGAGCUUUGGCAGAGUAAGGCGGCUGUAUUUAAGCUACUCCAGGCUGCUGCAAUGGAGGUACAGCACGAUUAUGAGGAGGACAAUGCGCCAUUCCCGUGGCAGGUUUACCGCAUAGCCAACAACCCUGGUGCUGGUAAUGCGCACGUUGUGCAAAAGAAUUUCCAAGGCGAAUUCGAAUUCGACGUCAUCUUUUCUUCUGCCUCCGCUGGUAAGCAAUUAAGCUCAUCGGAUGUUACACGAGAAAUCAAGCAGACAUCGGAGCUGUUUGGCCAGCGAUUCUCGAAAAUCUUUGACUUCAAAGCCCCCUUCGAUGGCAGCAAGUACCUGCAAUUCGGCAAGAGCAUGUUUUCCAACCUCCUUGGUGGUGUUGGAUACUUCCACGGUCAGCAGAUCAUUGAUCGUUCGUACGCGGAAGAAUACGAAGAGGACGACGAGCGUUUUUGGGAGGGUGCUGCUGAGGCCAGAGCCCGCCAACAAGCAGCUCUCGAGGGUCCAUACGAACUCUUCACCAGUGUUCCCUCGCGUCCAUUCUUCCCGCGUGGAUUCCUCUGGGACGAAGGGUUUCAUCUCAUGCCCAUCGCGGAUUGGGAUAUGGAUCUCGCUCUGGACGUUGUCAAAAGCUGGUACAACACCAUGGACGAGAAUGGCUGGAUUCCGCGUGAGCAGAUUCUCGGAUACGAAGCUCGUAGCAAAGUCCCAGCCGAGUUUCAGAUCCAGUACCCUCAUUACGCGAACCCGCCCACGCUCUUCCUCGUCAUUGAGGACUUUAUGGAGCAGCUUCGCAAGUUCAACGGCUCAGGCGAGGUUAACAAGGAGACCCUAAGCAAGGAAGACAGUCUGCACGACGCGCACCUCAAAAACACCGAGCUCGGCGAGGCUUAUCUGCGCAACAUUUAUCCCCUGCUGCAGCGCCAGUACCAGUGGUUUCGACGCACCCAGCGCGGCGAUGUCAAGACGUACGAUCGCGAAGCGUUCUCUAGCCGCGAGGCCUAUCGCUGGCGCGGCCGCACCGAGACACACUGCUUGACGAGUGGUCUUGAUGACUACCCUCGGCCUAGCCCGCCUUCGCCCGGUGAGCUGCACGUCGACUUGCUUGCCUGGGUUGGUCUGAUGACUAAGUCUCUGAUCAACAUUGCCGAUGCUCUUGGCAUUGCCGAGGAUGUUGCUGAUAUGGAGAAGAACCUCGAGGCCAUUGAGCACAACCUGAAAGAUUUGCACUGGUCUGAAAAGGAGGGUUGCUACUGCGAUGCUUCCCUCGACGACUUCGAGGAGCACACGCUUGUCUGCCACAAGGGCUAUAUUUCCAUCAUGCCCUUCCUCGUUGGCCUAAUGAAGCCCAAGGACCCGAAACUGGGCAAGAUUCUGGACCUUCUCGGCGAUGAGGAGCACCUCUUCAGCCCGUACGGCAUCCGCAGUCUAAGCAAGCAGUCCGAGUUCUACGGAACGGAGGAAAACUACUGGCGCAGCCCCAUUUGGAUGCCCAUGAACUACCUGGCUGUGAAACAGCUUCACUAUUUUGCAACGCAGAGCGGCCCACAUCGCCAAAAGGCGCGCGACCUGUACAUUCGCCUGCGCAAGAACCUUGUCAAUACCGUGUAUAACAGCUGGAAGGAGACGGGAUUCGCGUGGGAGCAGUACAACCCGGAGACGGGCGCAGGACAGCGGACGCAGCAUUUUACGGGGUGGACGAGUCUGGUGGUCAAGAUUAUGGCGAUGGAGGACUUGGAGGGCAAAAGGUUUCACGAUGAGCUGUAA